AUGCCCUUCUCUGUCAAGCACGCCUUCUCCCGCACCUCCUCUCAAGCUUCUGUGACGGCGCCGGGCCCCGCUGGCCGGGACUCCCGCCCGGCUGUUGUCGCCGCCGACUACCUCCUCGGAAAAGCUCAGGAGGCCUCCAGCAUCUCGUGUGCUCCCUUGCAAUCCGACGGGCUCUUCGAGCGCAUCCUCGCCGCCUUCGUGGCCUGCCUCAACGUCUCAGCGAACACGUUGGAUGUCAUCGAAGAGACUGAGUUACUCGCUCUCCUCGAUGAAGCCGUCGCGGUCAAGGACAUAUUCCACCAGGCAGAGAAGGACAUGUUCAGCGUACGCCUGAACAUCAUCCUCGCGUGCAAGCACGCCUGGCUCAGCGGCAACGCGCAGACCGCGAUCGCUCUCGCCGACGACAUCAUCGCUCAGGCAGUUGCUAUCAUCCGCCGCGUCGAGGCAUCGCUCGGAAGGUUUGACGCCGCCAUCAAGUACGCACGUACCGGCGGCGUUGAGGGUCGUACUGCGAUCUAUGCGGCUCUCAACUUCAUUUGCGAGGUCAACAAGCUCGGAGACAAGGACUUCGGCCUCCGGCGCGCCUACCAGCUUGCUCAGCGCGCGAACGGCUUCGGUGCGACGGUCUUUACUGCGAGGAUGAGGGAGGUCUGCCGCCAUGAGCUCACGAGCUCCUUCGCCGUUGCGAUGCCUACGGGCGAGGUCGUAUCCGUCGACGCCUACGCGCAGGCGGCGUUCACGUACGACGCCAAGAGGGAGUGCUCAGCCUUCAAGGCCCUCAGCCAGCAGGUCGCCGCCGGACCUGCCCCCACGCAGAUCCUCCUUCGCGUCAGCGCCGUCGACUUGCGCAGUUGCCAGUCCCCUGCGACCGAGCACAGCUCUCCGAGCUCCCAGUGGAGCCAGCAGAGCGCCGACAUGUGGACCGCGGCCGACUCCGCAAGAUCCUCGAUAACUUCGAUCGCCAGCGAGGCUUCGAUCUACAGCCAGGACUCCGCCGUCCGGCGCCUGUCCGCCAAGUUCACGCCUCGUCGUGCCGUACCCUCUGCCCUCUUCGAAGCCCUUGGGGAUGUGCUCGACCCCGUUGAGGACAAGACGACUGCGAGGUCCACCCGCCGCUCCCCCUUGACAUGCCAAGGACCUGCCACCGUACCCGUGUUCGAGGUCAAACUCGGGCCGCGGGUCGCUGGCAGGCCCAGGCCGAUUGGCAUGCUUGGAGGAGCGACGGGUGGGUCUCUGCGCCCCGUCGUCCCGCCCCCAGCGCGUUUGGUGUCGCGCGCCGUGGGGCAGGGCAAGGCAACCGUGAAGCCUGCAUUGGCCAAGGUGACUCCCGCGUCGCAGUGGGGGGCGCCUGUGGGCUUCACGCUGCCUUCGAAGAAGAAGCACGGUAUGAUGCUUGCGUCUACCCUGACACAGUCGUCGUCAUCACUUGGAUCUCUGGUUCGCAUUGCCUAUGCAACUGCCAGCUUGCUGCCGCAUGAGUACUCUGAUGUUUGGUCUGCCUUGCCAUCAUCUGCCCGAAGAUACUCCUUCCUUCGUUGGACGGGCGUUGGCUUUUUCAAAGGUACGUAGUUUCGCGCUUCACUCAGCGAGCGCAUUAUUGACCGCCACCACAGCCACGCUAGAUCUCCCUUCGUGAGUCGGACGUCGUCUGCCUGUCACCUCCGACAGCGUGUCUUGACCUCGUUGCCUCCUCUGAACGACGUGUCGCGCCCCAGCACUACGCCAUUGCCGACCAGACCAGACUGUAGCCCAGAUCGGGUGUCGAAGCGGCGUAAACUAUGGCUUGCUGGUAAGUUCUGCGUGCGCGUUCGUUGAUCGGGCGGUCUAGCGGGUGUUGGGCGAGUUGCUUGGGGUGAUGGGUGUACAACGUCAUGGCGAGCACUGGGUACGCUUCCACGCGUGUCUCGGUGCUCGUCGUCCUGCUGUAUUGAUGGCGCACUCUACGCUGAUCAGUUGUCGCCUCCGCACGAAGCGUUACGGUCACCACUAGAUCCGCUUCACGUCCCUGCGCCUCCGGUCUACCGCAAAGUGGGUCGGGGGCGUUG